AUGUCUUCCGCGACUUGCAAAAAAAGCAUCGACAGCACCAUGUCACACUUCACGGUCGGCAUGGGCAAGGCAUCCGUCCAGAACAACGUCUCCCUCUGGACGACCCUCUCCCAGUGCUACGACGAGGUCGCCAAGACCUUUGCCCUCCAAGACCCCGAGGGCGUCCUCUCCGCCCCGGACAGCAUCUCCAAGGUCGUCCACGCCACCUUUGACCACGACGAGCACGGCCUGAUCGAGCAGGGUUCGUCCGCCAUGGCGAACCACCUCGACGACGCAGCCAAGGCCCACAUGCUCGCCCAGGCCGUCGCCGGCACCGUCGCCUUCUUCCGGAGGCUCGCCUCCUCGCACCGCCGUGGCCCCGUCACCCAGGCCGGCUUCGACCGCGAGGUCCGCCGCUUCGCCGAGUGCGGGCUGCGCUCCGCCAUGAUCCGCAAGAUCGACGAGAGCCGCCUCUUCGGCCGCUGCUACACCAAGAGCCAGAUCGCCGACCUGAUCCUGGACGCCGUCGAGGGCAACGUCAGUGACGCCGAGUUCGCCUCCGAGGACGAGUACCAGAACGCCAUCGGCUGGGCGACGGAGCUGCCCGCGCGCAACAUGGGCCUGCCGUGGGGGUUCACCAUCAUGGCUAUCAACUGA